AUGGCGCGACCAAAUGAAGUUGGUCUUGGCGCCAUCACCAUAGAUGGUGAAAUGCCUAAGCCUUUUCUUAGACUGAGAGACUGUUUUGUUGCUCUGGUUUACUUGUGUUUCGACAUUAAGCAAAAAGAGUGUGUAUCUUACGGUUUGUUCAAGCUGGCGAUCGAGAACCAGGACAGUGGUGUCAGAGAAAUCAAGCCCAAGAGUAGGAGAAUCAUGGGUGCUGGAGGUCCUGAUGAGGAAGACAACAGGUGGCCGCCUUGGCUGAAGCCUCUGCUCAGAGAGAGCUUCUUUGGUCAUUGCAAGUUCCAUGCCGAUUCUCACAAGAGUGAAUGCAAUAUGUACUGCUUGGAUUGUGUGAAUGGUCCUCUCUGCUCUCUCUGCCUUGCCUACCACAAGGACCACCGCGCCAUUCAGAUAAGGAGGUCUUCAUACCAUGAUGUGAUUAGGGUGAAUGAGAUUCAGAAGCAUCUCGACAUCACCGGAGUUCAGACUUACAUUAUCAACAGUGCCAGAGUCGUUUUCCUGAAUGAGAGGCCUCAGCCUAGGCCCGGAAAAGGUGUCACCAAUACCUGUGAAGUCUGUGAGCGCAGCCUGCUUGACUCAUUCAGAUUCUGCUCUCUUGGUUGCAAGAUUGUGGGAACUUCCCAGAAUCCACUGAAGAAAAUGAGAGCCAGGCUAAUGGGUUCGGACUCGGAGGACUCGUACAGCAGCAGCAGCCACGGAAGGUUCUCCAACAACAAAGUCCACAGCUUCUCGCCGUCAACACCACCCCCGACUUCCGCCAAUUACCGGACGGCCAAGAGGAGGAAGGGCAUUCCACACAGGGCACCAAUGGGAGGACUAAUCAUAGAAUACUAAGACAGCCCCCUAAUGCCCUCCCCCAAUGAAGCUUGUAUUUCUAGUGUAUCAUCUUAAUCCCUCGCAUAUACAAAGUUAGCUGCAGCAAUGCCCCUCCCAACACUAGAGCUUUUCGCUAAAAGGCCGUGUUUGGAGCUAAGUUAAGUUAGUAGUGACCACUUAGCUUUCUGGUUUUGUGUACAUAGAAGCCAUCGGAAGUGCAAGUGUUGGGUAAAGUUUAGAGAAUAAGACACAAGUGCAGGAGGGAGGGAGGAUGAUGACCAAGAAGGAAAAACCAAAAAAAUAAUGGUGCUUAGUGUUAUGGAAAAUAUUUAGGGUGGGUUUCUAGAGUGAUUAUACAUAAGUUUUGGGUUUCAAAAAUGUAAAUACUGGGGUCUCUCUUUUGCUACAGAACUAGGGCAAAGUCAAUGUACUCCUUGGCCAAAGGGGGAAUGUCUAUAUAUGGAAAAUGAAAUAAUAAUAGACUUUAUAAUUUGU